AUGCCGCUUGGCAUUCUAGACGAUGGCAAGCUGGAGCAUGUCCCCGGGACAGCUCCAUUAAACGAUCUCCAAGGCUCCACAAAUUACCCAGGCAUUGAUCCCAGUCUCCUCAAACAUGACCCAACUGGCCAAAUUGUACUUGUGCCUCAACCCUCCGACUCGUCAAAAAACCCAUACAACUGGCCUCGGAAAAAGAAAGAGCUGUUCACAAUUACCUAUGGCUGGGGUUGUGGUCGUGUUGGAUCCGUUAAGCCCCUUCUGGAAUUUGCAUUUGUUCCUCUUGCUGAAGAAUUUGAUGUCCCAUUGACAACAUUCGUAUCUGGUAACCAGGGCGGAACGAUCACCGCUAUCGCAAUCGGCAGUCUUUUGUUCAAAUCGCUCGCCGUCAAAUAUCGCAAGCGACCAGUCUACCCCAGUACUACAGUCGGCCUUAUGGUUUCGUGUUUCUGGGCUGCUGAGGCGAAGAGCUUGCCGUCUCUUGUUGCAGCUCGGGUUGUUUGUGGUUUAUUUAUGGCAUCAAUGGAGGCAUUGAUUCCGGCUUCAAUUGCAGACAUCUGGUUUGUGCACGGACGAGGCUUCCGAACAGCCAUCUUUAACCUAGGUGUUCUGGGUGAAAUCAAUCUUGCUAUUCCGAUCGCUGGAGGUGUUAUCGAGGACGGCUCAUAUCGCAUUUCUCUACAUCCCAUGGGCGGUGCUUUCGGGCUGGCGUUUAUCAUGAUCUUUUUCUGGAUGACGGAGUCUGCAUAUGCAGGAAGAAAUGCUUUGGAUAUUGACACUGGCAAUGAGACUGUUACAAUUGAGGGCAAGGAGAACAUUGAACAACUUGAGCACGCAUCCGGAACCGACCUUACCACGCAAGAAUCGGAGGCCGAGGCAUCCCCUGGUCUAGAGAGCUUCUGCCCUAUAACGGCUACUUAA